AUGAAGGUCUUCAUCCUUGCCUGCCUUGUGGCACUUGCUAUUGCAAGAGAGACGAAUACAUUUACUGUAUCCUCUGAGACUGAUAGUAUUUCCAGUGAGGAAUCUGUUGAACAUAUCAAUGAGCAGAAACUUCAGAAGGUGAAUCUCAUGGGACAGCUGCAGGCAGAGGAUGUGCUCCAGGCUAAAUUUUACCCCAGCAUCCAGUCACAGCCCCAGGCCUUUCCAUAUGCUCAGGCUCAAACCAUCUCUUGCAAUCCCCUCCCACAAAACAUCCAGCCUAUUGCUCAGCCCCCUGUGGUGCCAUCUCUUGGGCCUGUCAUUUCUCCUGAACUGGAAUCCUUCCUUAAAGCUAAAGCCACCGUUCUUUCCAAGCACCAGCAGAUGCCCUUCUUUAACUCUGAAACUGCCCACAGCCUCUUAGGCUCUCAAAUCCCCAGCCUUGCCGGUCUUGCUAAUGUGCACCUUCCUCAGUCUCUGGUCCAGCUCCUGGCCCAGGCUUUUCCUCAGACUCCCCUGGUUUCUGCUCAGACCCAGCUGUCUCUUCCUCAGUCCAAAGUUCUGUACCUUCUGCAGCAAGUAGCACCCUUCCUUCCAGAAAACAUGUCUGUCCAGGACCGUCUGCAGUACCUAGAAUUUCUGCUUAACCCCACAGUCCAAUCACCUGGCACUCAACUUCAUUCCGUUUCUCCUCGGAUACUUGAACAGACAGAACAAGAAAGAAAUCUUGAUGAGCAACUGAUGCUUGAAGAAGGUGUUUAA